CGCCCGGUAGAUGCUGCGGCGGCCGCCCGGGAGCAGCCACGCGCCGCGCUCGGCCGCCGACCGCGGGCAGCCCAGGGGCAGCGCGGAGCGGCGCGGAGAUGGUGCCGCUGGUGCGGGGCGCCGGGGGCUCCCACCAGUGGCUGGCGGCCGUGCUGCUCGGCCUGUGCUGCCUGCUGCCCGCAGGGCGGCUCGCCGCGCCGGGAGGAGACUUCCACGGGGCGGCCGCGGACAGCCUGGUGGUGCGCAAGGGGGACACGGCCGUGCUCAGGUGUUACUUGGAAGAUGGAGCUUCCAAAGGCGCGUGGCUGAACCGCUCGAGUAUUAUUUUUGCUGGCAGUGACAAGUGGUCGGUGGACCCUCGAGUUUCCAUCGCGACAGCCAACAGGAGAGAGUACAGCCUGCAGAUCCAGGACGUGGACGUGACAGAUGACGGUCCCUACACCUGUUCUGUGCAAACCCAGCACACUCCCAGAACGAUGCAGGUGCACCUAACUGUGCAAGUUUCUCCGAAGAUAUUUCGUAUUUCGAGUGACAUCGUUGUGAACGAAGGCAGCAAUGUGACCCUGGUGUGUCUGGCCACUGGAAAACCAGAGCCCUCCAUUUCCUGGAGACACAUCUCUCCAUCUGCAAAACCAUUUGAGAGCGGGCAGUACCUGGACAUCUAUGGAAUUACAAGAGACCAGGCUGGAGAGUAUGAAUGCAGCGCAGAAAAUGACGUCUCAGUCCCAGACGUGAAAAAAGUAAAAGUAACAGUAAACUUUGCCCCCACAAUUCAGGAACUAAAGUCCAGCGGAGUGAUGCUUGGAGGGAACGGCCUCAUCCGGUGCGAAGGCGCGGGCGUUCCUGCCCCGGUCUUUGAGUGGUACAGAGGAGAGAGGAAACUGAUCAGUGGUCAACAAGGAAUUACUAUUAAAAAUUAUAGCACGAGAUCACUUCUUACUGUUACCAAUGUGACAGAAGAGCACUUUGGCAACUAUACCUGUGUUGCUGUCAACAAGCUCGGGAUGACCAAUGCCAGCCUGCCUCUCAACCAAAUAAUUGAGCCUACUACCUCUAGUCCUGUCUCAAGCCCAGCUCCCAGUACGGCGCAGUAUGGGAUCACCGGGGACGCCGAGGUCCUGUUCUCCUGCUGGUACCUUGUGUUGACACUGUCCUCCCUCACCAGCAUAUUCUACCUGAAGAACAUCAUUCUGCACUGAGUGUAAAGAACCCUAAAAGGCUUUUAAGGAUUCUCUGAAAGUGCUGAUGACUGGAUCUGAUCUGGUAGAGUUUGUUAAAAGCAGCGUGGGAUAUAAUCAGCAGUGCUUGCGUGGGGAUGGUCGCCUUCUGUAGAAUUGCUCAUUAUGUAAAUACUUUAAUUCUACUCCCUUUUUGAUUAGCUGCAUUACCUUGUGAAGCAGUACACAUUGUCCUUUUUUAAGACGUGAAAGCUCUGAAGUUACUUUUAGAGGGUAUUAAUUGUGAUUUCAUGUUUGUAAUCUACAAGUUUUCGAAAGCAUUCAGUCAUGGUCUGCUGAACUGCAGGCCGUAGUUUACAAAACAGAAAAAAAAAAAAAAAAAGGAGAAUAUUGCAGUAAAAUGGGCUUCUUUAAGGCUGCAAUACAACGUUCAGUUCCCUUCUUAAAUUACAUUCUCUCCACAUGUACACAGGAACUUUUCUUUUUUUCUUUUUUUGAUUAAAAAAAAAUAAUCAAAGAAUAUUGCCUUCAAAAUAUUUCUUGGGAACAUUACACAUAUCUAGGUUUUCUUCCAGCAUGAUAUUCAGGUUCCAAGAAUGAGCCUUGUAUUAUAACUGCGUUGUGCAGUACUGCUUUUUGGUUUCUUCCUUUUUCCUGCAAAUUCAGCAUGGGUGUGCCUUCAUAAAACACUGUUUUCCUCUUCCUCUCCAACAAAUCUGGAAUGUGCUUUGGGAAACGCUACAGCAUCCUUUUGAGCAUAACCAAUCUCUACCUGAGGACGAAGGUGCUAUUGGUUAGGGAGAAUGCCUCCUCUCCCAUCUCCAGUGGGUUAUGGGACUGCUUCAGAAGUAUAUUCUUAGGCAAUCAGACGAGGAUAGCACCAGUCCCUCUUUAAUUUUCCCCCUUCUAAGUGGUGGACAAUCUGCGCUAAGAAUGAGUUUCCCCAUUAAAAAAGAGAAAGCAAAUUAUUUUGAGACAUCUCUUGAAUGUAAGAAGGUUUCCCGUAGUCGUUCUAAAUCAGAAUUCCUAAGGGGUUGUAAAUGUGAGAAGCUGAAUCAUCCCUUUUGUAUUACUGGCAAAAAUGCGAUGCAAAUUGGUAUUUUUCUUGCACUUAAUUUUGUACUGGUUUGGCUAAUUUAGCAAUGAUAAAGGAUGCUUUUAAGUAUUAGAUAUCUGAAAAUACAUGAAAUAUCAAGCAAAUUUUAUAUAUAUACAGAUAUAUAUAUAAAAUACAGAUAUAUAUUAAAACGAGGUUGCUCCAAUAACCGUAUUGAAGUGCAUGCUGCCAUCAAUGAUGCAUCCACAGGCAGGUCUGCAUUCCUGAUGUACACACUCUGUACAGAUAGCUUACCACAGCGGCUCGGCCAUCGUGCACGAUCUCCUAGCACUGCAGUCUAGCAAAAUAAGGUUCUCAUUAAACUCAACGAAGGAUCAAGUUUCAAAAGAGCACCUGACAUCACCGUUUUUUUCUAAGCAGCCCCAUACUACGUCAGUGCAAAGUGUUGCUGCAGUUGAUGGCUGAGUUUAAAAACGCCAUCCUUGUAAGUUGCUGGGACAGGGCUGAGUCCAGCAGCCUUAGAACACAACAUCUCCUGUUGAUCCCCAGUAGAUGCUGAUGUGCUUAAAAAAACAACAGCCAAUGACGUGAAUAACAAAACCAUUAUACAAGUACCGCAUUCCCUCUCCUACCAGUAAGGCUCGUGCUGAGCAAUACCAGAUGGGCGCUGUACAUACACAGCAGUUCCAAAUGCCCCUGUUUCUGAAAAGGCAAAUUCUGAGUUUGGUUGGUCUCGCUGUGUGCUGCCCCAUGCUAAAGCUCAGGCACAAUGUGCAGUGAAGCUGUUGCAGUUACUGAUGAGCCCAGAUGCGCAAAGUGAAACGUGCUGACUCCAAAAUACGGCAAUAAAGUGUCCUAGGUCUGCUUGUGCUCGGUGACAGGUUGUGCUAUUUCUAUCACGUCGUUUGCAGCUGUGUGCUGAGCAGUGGCCAUUUUCAGAAGUGUGGCAUUUCUGUGAAGUAUUGAAUAACACGAUCACAUUCCCUGCUGAAGGAAACGGAUUAGAGCCAACUCAAAUUCUACUACAUGCAGCUCUUUCUGCUCUCCCUUGUAUUGCAGCUUUAAAGUGCCAUAUUUUAGAAUCUGAUCGUUGGAAACAGUGGUGCAGCAGAAGACAUCACGACAGGGCAGUCUUGUGAAGAAGGCAGAGGGGGGUGUGUAACCCAGCUCACCUGCUGCUCCUCGUGUGAACGUGAGACGGGGCUGUGCUGGGGCUGGGUCCAAUUGGGCAUUUCCAUUAUGAUGUUAUUUUGGUGAUUCCUGACAUCUGGAACAACCCCAGCAACAGAAUGGAAUGAAAGGCAGCUUUAUUAAAUGUGAAGAAAAGGAAGUAUUGGUUGUUGGCAGAUGUAGAACCACUGGGUUAUGUGGACGAGGCUUUCAGUCCCAUCAAUUCUCCCUUAAAUUUGUGGGUACGUUGUUGUUGUCAGUUCCAAAAAGGAAAAGAGCCCAUGAACAUUUUUUGGGUGCCGGUAGCAGUUUGUCAGACAGAGGAGGUGUCUGAGCACUGAGCGGAGCCAUGUGCUUGGAGUGCGUGGGCUCACAGCCCUGUGUGCCCCAGUGCCAGCACUGUGCUGCGUGGUGUGCAGCCAACAUGGGGCGCGAGUGCUUGGCUUCAUGCUCCUGCCUUGAAAGAUAUGAUACAUGGAAAGAAGCUCAGGUUCUGGCAGGAUCAGAGCCUUAGGCAGCAUCGAUCCCAUAAAGAACCUCAGCUCUGUGGUUAAUCUGUUCUGUGUGGUAAACCUAAUAGUGCAGUCUGGGACUUGCUGGGACAUCCUUCCAGCACGGGCUGUGCGGGCUGCUGCAAUCUGAAAGCCACAGCAUUGGGCAGAGCCCGUUCACUCUGUAGUCUGUGGGGUGUGUUUGCUUCAGGUCGGACGGUAUGUUCUGUGCUUCUGGGAAUGGCUGACCAUUACUGUUCAUCUCUGUUGGUCGAAUCAUAUUCUAUUUAUUCCCACCUUUAAAAAGUGACAAAUAAACGGCGUAGCUCCAAGCAGUACCACUGAAUACAUAUAUUAAGGUCCCUGUCCACAUUGGAAACUCCGAGGUCUGAAGUGCUGUGAGCUCCCACUCAUGUGAUAACUCAGGGCUGCUAAUUACCAUUGCAUCAGCGACGUGAGCAGCAGCAGCAAUGCUCAAAUAGUAGCGUUGCUGAUCAGGACAUCAUUCUGCUGCAGAACCGAACUUGUAACUGAGGAACAAAUGCUGUUUCUCGAGGUUUGUAACUUGGCAGGAAGUGUAUCCAUCAUUGCUAGACGGCUUUUUUUAAACUUUUCAAUAUAUAUAUUUUUGUUAGAAACUGUGCUGUUUUUUAAGAUAGAGGGGUGUUAAACUCCAUCCCCACGAGAAGCUGCUGCUUUGCACAUUUUCAAAGUUAGCAUUCUAGACCAACUGUGGUAAAUGUUACGCCUACCAGAAUCUCUUCUUGUUCCACGUAGGUGUGUUAUAAAGAAUGUGUAUACCAAAAUACAUAUUUACAUGGGUGAACAAUAUGCCUUAAAGACUCAAGUGUGUGCUUGCUUCCAAGGCUGGACCAGAUUUGUGCCCAAUCUGGAGGUAAACAAUCCAUAUUUCAUAGCCUGCCAUGGGAGAUUUCAUUUCUUCAAAAAAUAAUUAUAAAAAUUUAACAAAAAAAUAAAAGGGGGGGGGGGGGGGGAAAAAAUGAUUUAUUUUCAAAGAACUUUAAUGAAUUUCCAAGUUCUGUCAUCAUCUGACAUAUGUGAGGAAGCUUAGGAAAGGGGUGAAGCUUUAGCUCUAGCCCUAGCAGUGAGCAGCCUGUUGUGCCACCAUCAGGCGCUGCCAUAGAGACCCCAUUCCUGUGCCAAGGCCAGAGGCAGCCCUGUCCCUGUCCUCAUCCCUGUCCUCGUCCCCAUCCUUAUCCCUGUUCCUGUCCCCAGCCCCAUCAUGGCCAAGCCAUCAAGUCAGCGCUGCCUGUCCUCCUCCUUGCCCCUGCUGGGACCAGCACACCCAUAGCCCCCACAAGUGCCACGGCACAGAAAAUUCUUUAACACCUUAAAUUGUUAAAAAAAAAGAAAAAUCAUAACUGAGAAGUGUAAAUUCUUAAUCAGCCUUAACAGAGAGUAGAUAAAUAGUUGCAAGGAGGAAUUUACUCUGCCUUGUGUGGAUGCAGUGGAUGCACUUAAUCUGGGUUGGCUCCAAUUUUUGGCUGUGCCUGGUGCUCCUCACUGAGCAUGGAGGGAAGGCAGGGAGCUCACUGCGGUCAGGGAUACCCAUAGCACAGCUGGACACCCAUAGCACAGCUGGAUACCCAUAGCACAGCUGGACACCCAUAGCACAGCUGGAUACCCAUAGCACAGCUGGACACAGCCCAGGCUGUGGCAGGAGGGGCUCAGGACAGCUGGGGUGGAUUCUCAGGGACUGCUGUUCUGAAAUUGUCCCUCAGCAAAGGCAGGGAGACGUCACUUCCAGCACUGAGCCAUUUGUUCCUACAGCCUUCUGCCAACUUCAGGUCCAACUCUUGAAGAGUUCAGAGGUUCCUUUGUGUUAGAAAAUCCUUGUGUUAAGAACUGUAGACAUCGCCAUGUUUUCACGUCCUAUAACCGUAGUUUCUGUCCCUCUGUCUUUUAAAGAACAUGGAGUUUUCCUGUCAGCUGGUGGGAUUGAGUCUGCACUGUAGGGUAAGCUGCAGGGCUGAUCUGUCAGGCUCUGGGUGCUGACCUGCCUCCUGCUGAGCUCACGGGGCCAUCAGGUUGCCAUGCCAAGUCAUCAGGCCAUGGAUCCUGCUCAGUGAUCCCACUCUAAGCAAUGCCACCCCCUGUCCCUGGGCUGGGAGAGGUGCAGCAGGGACCUUCCUUGUGCUGCUGCUCAGGCAGACCAGGGCACUCAGCAAUCCAACCAAACUGCAAGCAGUAAUGCAAAGUAACACAGCUGAAAGCCAUUUUAUUUGUGGUUCUGGUAGCUCCUCACGUAGCCCCUGUGGUUGCUGUGGCACCAGGCACACCUGAGCCCCAUUAGAAGAACAAAUUACAUGUGUGCAUGAAGCCAGAGCUUGGUGAGGAGGAGCCAGUGUGGUGUUGCCACUGCAGACACAGGAAUUUCCCCUUAUCUUCCAAGUAUAAAAGUAUUCACUUUUCCUCCAAACCUUUUUUUUUUUAAUGCUGCCAGAUAGAAAACGCCUGUAAUGAUGACAUACAUCAUAUUUGCUAUCUAGAGAGGGAAGUUUCUUCUCUCCUAACACACAUCCAUCCUUCUCUUUAUUAUUUUUCAACCAAAACCAAAACACAAUUCACGCAUUACGUGAUGCAAUUUAUGUGCAAUAACACCAGCUUUUCCACUUAUCAAAACCAUUAUAGUCAUAAGCACAUAACUCCCAUUAACCUCAGUGACAGUGACUUAAAUGUGAACCACAAGUGAGAAUAAACCUUUAAGUUGUCAUUUAACAGCAUCAGCCUUGUUUUCUGGUACGUGUCUAAUGGGGGCUCAUUUCUUCUCCCCUGUACCUUUCUAAUUUUCCCUCCUGGUGCAAAGUGCCCUUUCCCUGCCUGUCAGGUUGGAGGUGCAGUGGUUGGGAUGCGCUUUGUGCUCACAGAGCUUCUCUCUGGCAGCAGCACCCAGCAGUGCCUGGGCAGCCCGUUCCGUGCUAACAAGGCAGCUCUGUGCUGCAGUUCCAGCUCUUUUGCAGCUACAGGAGGUAGCACAGUUCAUUAGGCUACAAACAGCUUAAAGAUGUUAAAAGGACUGGUUUUCCUCUCUCAUUUAAGCAUGUUGGGUUGCUCUUCCAUGAACUCUGAAUUUACUGUUUUCUUCAUUAACUUUGACCUUUUUACAUCCAUUACAAUAAGAAAAAAAAAUAGAGUUAACUUUAGAGCAAGCUACUGUAAACUCACUUCCUCCAGGGUUUUACAAAGCCUGGCACAAGGAAGCCACUGUUUCCUAUACUAAGAGGAUUUAAGAUUAGGGAUACCAAGCUGCUCUGAGUUGGUCCUUGUUUAUUCUCAGCUGGGCACAAGCCCCUUUCACCCAGUGCCUGUGGGCAGCAGGACACAGAGGGGCACACUGGGCUGCCAGGGCAGCUGCCGUUUGUUGUGGGAUAUUUGUGUAAAUCUGAAACAGCUGAGGACACAGCCAUGGGCUUUAGCCAUAGGUAAGCAACAAGCCCAGUUAAAGAGAGCAAUGCUCCCAGUCCCACUCCUCCAGAUAUCCCUAGAUAAUCUUUGCCAACCAAGUAUGGUUAGUUUAUGGGCUGCAAAUGUCAAUGCUGUGACUAUAACUGGGAGCAUGUCCCCUUUUCCCUUCACUUUCCAGCUCAGUCCAAUCCUGCAGUGCUGCUGGGACACCCAGCUCUUCUCAAGUGUUGUCUUUCUCUCUUUUUUGGUGCAAACCAAUGAGCAAUGUGCUGCUCUGCUGCCCAUGCAUCCCAUCCCUCAGGGAUUUUUUCCCAUAUUCCAUGUUACCGAGCUUCAGCACAACAUUUCUUUUACCACGGGUGUCUCAGCCUUUGUUUCAGUGCCUUACACACCUUCUGCAGGGCAGUGCAUGUGCUGCAUCCCACUGCUCCCAGGGAGACCACAGGGAGAGCACCGCGUUUAUCCUUGGCUGUUUAAAUGGGUUUAUUUUUCUGACAGACUGUGAUCUUGAAAUGGUUGUUCCUCACUUUUUCAUCACGCGGAUGGUUGUGAGAAGUAAUUAUUUUAGCAUAUGGCGAGAUGUGCAAUUAUUACCGCUAGGCUCUUCAUUGAAGACAAUCUGCUUUAGCACGGCUCUCCUGUGAGCGCCGGCAGCACAGGGCUCAGCCAAUUCCAGCACAGAAAACAGCAGCUGCCCCCAAACAAGUUCUUGAUUUCUCAUUCCUCCCGAAAGCCGAGAUGCCGCUGUUAAUGGCAAAUAGUAACGGCCACAGGAUGGAGUCUUAAAAUGAAUCACAAUAGCUAGAUGUCACGGGCUAUUAAUUGAAUAAUUGCUUUAAGUCAUUGUCUUCAUGAUUUUGGUUAUGAAGGCAUUUUAUCUAUAGUUAAUGCUCACACUCUUAGCAAACCUGUGACUUGUAAAAAGCACCUUAAUGUUCCAAUAAAUCACGGUUUCCUUGGCAGGAUCCUCUCACACCUCGCAGGCAGCAGGGUGGGUCCAGGCAGUGUGACAGGGAGGGCAAGAGGCACAAAUUGGGCCAUAGGGAAUGGCCAGCACAGGCUGUGUUUGCUGAAGGCCGGGAGGCAGCAUGCUCAGAGAAAACAGCAGCCCUGCCCUUUCUGCUGCCCAGGAGGUGGCAGCUCCGGUGCCAGUCCAAGCUCACAGGUGGUGUCUGUGCCCCUGCCCAGCUCCAUGGUAGAGCUGUGUGCUCCGGGCAGGGCUGGUGCUCCCCACGCACAGCUCCCAGCUUUAAGGCAGCAGCAGAUAUGCAAAUGCACUCAGCAGAGCACUCCUGCAGAUGUUCUUAUUUAAAACAACCUGAACCCACCUAAAGUAAUAACCCCAAAACCGCCUCACUGCUCCCAUACGUUCUGAGUCACUGCUGCAGAAUAGCACAGGAAUAUUAUUUUUAUAAGAGCGAACCAUUUGCUAAAUAAGCCACCUGUUAAAUAAACACUCCCUCUCUCCAAAUAUUGCUGUUUUGUUUUCCAGACUAUGCACAAUCUGGAUUUAUUUUAGAUGAGAAAAGAUAAUCACUAAAGAAAAAAACCUGUAUUUUGACUAUUUGAAACCAUCCAUCUUGAGCACACAUCUGCUCCUCCACAAGCUGGCAGAGCGCUUACAUUAACGAGAAUCAUCGUUCCUUAUUCAGCCGGGAGCUAAUGAACUUCUAUCAUCAGACCAUGGCAGUCGUCAUUUAUUUUAACUUCUCCAAGCCUUCCGUUGUUUCCUGUCUGCCUGGCUUGGCUUGGCUUGCCAAGAGAGGUGUCCUCUCACAGGGACAGAGGGCAGCUCCAGUCUCGCUGUGCCAUCACCUUUUCCAUGCUUCUAAAGCCACAGUGAGCACCACCCCACAUCUGGCACUCCAUGGCCACAUUCACUCAGCAUCGGCUGCAGGGAAUUCAUAUCGGAGGGGUUUGAUGUUUUCUGGGUUUUGUCCCAUUGGGGUCCCAAAAGCCACAGAACAGCUCCCCGGGCACUGCAUCAUUCUUCCCCUGUCCCAGAGGUGGGAGAGCUCCAUGCAUCCCAUGUGUGUGCAGUCAUUAGUGGGGAUUUCAGAUAGCUUUGGUAGGUUGUGCAUCCUCGGGUCUGCAACUGAUAGCUUGUUGCAAGUAAUUGUGCAGCACAGACAGAGGCUUUGCAGGUCAGCUGUGAGCCCUUACCCAUGGUGAGCCAUGUGGGCAAAGCAUCCUGCUGAGAAUGCUGCUGAGAGCAAAGCUGAGAGCAAUGCUGAGAUCAAUGCUGAGAUCAAUGCUGAGAGCAAAGCUGAGAGUAACGAUGAGAGCAAAGCUGAGAGCGCUGCUGCACACUGCUCCCCUGCAAACUGGUGGGCACAGCCUCACAGCUGCUGGCAGCACAAGCAAGCAGGGAUCACCUGAGGGCGUAAGUGUGGCCAGAAGGACGCACUGCCAGUGUGAGUUUGUACUCAAUUGCAGGCACAGAGCAGGGCAAGACUGCUUUUCAAAGUCAGCCCCACAUACCCUGCUCUCUUCCCUUUGUGAUAAUGAACCCGCUGCCAUUUUGCACGGCCACACGUGUUUCCCUGCUCUUUGGCACUCAGCUCCUUGGCUCAGGCACCUUUAGCUGGUGCUUUUCCCACACAUCUGAACACAGCAGCAGAACGCUCAGAGCACAGCCCUCACCUUCCCAGCCAGCAGCCUUCUCCUCGGGGCUCAGAGCUCAGCAGCCAUGGGCUCCUCAAUGCCUGUCAAACACCACAUCACUGAGUCACUCUGUGACUUACUCUCAGUCACCUCCAUGCAUCUUUACUCUGAUGCAAAACCAUAGGAGAUUUCACACAGCCUGUACUACUCGUUUCCCUUUAAGUGCAGCCCACAAAUUAAUGGUGCCUGUUAAUUAGGCAGCUAAACCCAAAGGGAAAAAAAAGCCCUAAGGAGAAAAAAAAACCCGUAAUGCUUCUCAUUUGAAGGCACUGUGCUGCAAAACACAUUAAAGACUUGAGCCAGAUUUUAAUAACUAAGAGGAGCUUUAAUUAGAGUUGACAUAUGAACUGAGUACGUGUGCCAUGCCCAGUGUGGGCUCACACACGUGUGUAUCCUACACAGGGGUGUGCGUAGGUUACACACCUGGGUGAGCGGUGCAGAGGACCCCAAAGAGGCUGCUGGCUUUGGAACCUCUGUGCUCUUUGAUGAUUAACAGAGGGAAGAACAACGUUUUGCAUACCCGAGUCUCCAUUAGCAGCGCAAGUGCAAAAAGAAAAGUUGAUUUGGAAGUAUGGCAGCUACCAUUAGGAUAAAUGCUGCAUCCAUAUAGGACCGACCCUUCCCUCCCCUCCUCAUCCUGGUCUACAUAGAAAUCCUGGAUGUGUUGCUCUCAAAGAAUAGACUUUAAAUUUCUAUACUCACGUCAGGGCAGCAUUAAAUAUUAAAGUGAGAUAUUAAAAUUUCAGAGAGCCUAAAUUAAACCUGAGGUAUUCAAAAAUAAGUGUUCCUGCAUAUUUAAUACUCGAGAACUCGUAAUUAACUUUAGAAAUCUCUCAUAUUAAGAAAACGAGGAGCUGCCUAAAAACCGGUGACAACAGUCGCGACCUUCUGGGCGCACACUGGGUCUGCUAUGGAGGAGGCACGGAUUUGUUAGCAGGAUGGAAGCCAGGGAGGAUGGGGUUUGUGUGCCCCUGGAAGGUCUUCACUGCCCACAGAGUGAGCAGCAGGGUUAGCCCAGUGCUCUGCAGGCUGCUUGCCCAGCUGAGUGGGUGCCCCAGCACAGAGCACUGGGUUGUUUUUUCUCCCUUCACCUGAGUUCCCAGGGCUGUGAAAUAGCUCUAUUUAUCACACGGCUCCUUCAGAUUUAAAGCCUAUAUAAGCACCUGAAUUUAUUAUUCUAAUGCUUCUGUCCCUUGUGCACUGCUAUAAGAGGGAAGUUGCAUUAAAUCAAUGGUACGCCACGUUUUUAGGUCUCUUCAAGGAUUUGAGCAUAGCAAACAAGGCCACAAGUCCUGCAGGUACCAGCAGCAGCAGCCAGCUCCUACACCGUGUGCUGAGCCCUAAGGGCUGAGUGGUUGUGCCCCUGCUUAAAACUGCAUAAUAGUAUCCAAUUAGCAGAGCCUGUGCUCUGGCUCCUGAACACUGGGCUCUGCUCAUCCUGCUGCCACAGAUACAGGUGAUCUUAUCUCCACAGCCUUUUGUGUCUGUGGAAAUCAAUUAGAGAUCACCAAAUGCGGUCCCAUAGAAGAACAUAGCUCUGUGACAACGGGCAGGCUCGAGGUUAGGGACACUGAUUUAACACUGGCAAUUUGUCCACCCAAAGUAAAUAUGCUUUUCACGUGUCUAUACAAAAGCUGUUCCACUACCAUGGCAAAAGGAGUCAAUUGCAACA